GGAACAACGGACCUGAAAAUACAAUUUCCCGUUUGGCUCUACGGCUUCGAAGUGCGAAUCCACAACAAAAUUUCAGACAAAUUCUUCAAACUCGACCAAUUACAAAACACCAGGACCGCCUAUGUUCGUUGCGAGGCUGGCUCAUUAUUCGAUGACUAUACCCAUUUCAACUUUGAGAAAGCACACAUAAUUUGUCAGAAUCAUACAAAUGGAACUAGGGAACUACUCACAGUGAAUCACACCAACUUGGACAAGUUUAAAAUAAGCAGGGAUAUUAUAAUAUGUCGUUUUGGACACAAGCUGUGAAAGUCGGAACAUUUCUCAACUCGGAAGACCUCAUAGUGCAUUGUUUAAUGCUCAACCAACAUGGCGAGUUACGAAAAGACAACUGUACCAAAAGCUAUUCGUCUGUCUGCGAAAACGCAACUGUUCACGACACAAUACAAUACAGCGGACAAGAGUCGAAGGUGCCAAACUACGAUCCGACGUCACCGAGCACACCCAUGACCACAUCAGCGGGUACCUCAGAGUUUGUGACGUCACUAGUUACAACGGAAACCAACGAUGGCGUUGAUUUAACCACUAGCGUAGCAAACAAAUCGUCCGAUUUGCACAAUUCCACUAGCGACCAUAAAAGUCGUGCCAAGGAUAAACCAGUGAUGGAAGAGAAAAUCCUCAUACCACUUAUCUGCGUGGGAGUUGCCGUGGUAACGGCGCUAGUGGUCGCCGUCAUUUGCUGCUGCAGAAUCAAACGGAAAUCGAACAAAGACCGCAGGCCAACCUUUUCCGACGGCAACUCCAAAACGGCGGACUCCGUAAAUUUUAAAGAUGCUCAACACUACGAAGUUAGUGACAUCAGCGAAUAUGCCAUCCCCUCGGACGCAGUAACGGGCGGUCCUAGAACGGCACGGCCUCGUUCGUCCAUUAUAGAAGGCGAAUACGACGUUAUUUCCAAUUCCAGAGCAACGGAUAAAUCCAAACGCCAGGUGGCGGUGGUGAAGGCUUACAGCCACGUGGCAAUUGUCCCAGCCAAUCAGAGACGCGAUAGCGAUUCAAAUAUGGAAAACGCAUACGACGUGUCCACGUUGAAUAAGCAAACGACCGUGACAAUAUUACAACAGGACGGCACUGGAAAUGUUUACGGUCAUUUGGGGAUAACAUAACUGUAAAUAGAGAACACAUUUUAUAAGUUUAAAAAUGUGUUUGUCAUCGUUCCAUACGCUUAGAAUUGUUAUCUAGUCGAUAUAAAAUAAUACAAACUUUAGAAUACGUAUUAUAACAACUCAAACGGCUUUCGCUCACAUUCACUCCUAUAUGUUGUAUACAUUGUAUUUUCUAUUGAACAUUCAGUUAAUGUUACCAUAUUAGUUCUACUUGUCUUUUCCUGAACUUUAAUUGUUAAACUUUUUGUUACACACAUGAUCCCACAUUUAAUUUGAACAUAAAGAUAUGGAAAUUUGUAAAUGUGGCAUCGGAUAAAAUAAAUAUUGAUUCAUUUAUAACAUGUAUUUCAAUUUGAUAUUUGUGGAAUGAUUUGAAAUUUUGUAGUAAGGGUGUUGGUUUAAGAAUAUUUUAGUAUGUACAUACGCGUUUUCAAUAUGUCAAAGGCUUUGGUAGAAUAGACUAAAGCGUUUUCUUGUGGAAACAUGACUUGUAAGUUAAUAUAUGUUGUUAUUGAACAUGUUGUCCUAGGCAAUUGCAGUGUAUACUUUUGUAUUUACAUGUUGGAGUAUGAUUGUUCAGUGCAAAGCUUUUAUAAUUCAAUAUGGAAGCCAUAUACUGUCAGUGUAUGCUUAACGUUUGUAUGAUGGAUUUUAUCAAAACCGGAACAUGUUACAAAUACAUGUAGAUGAGUCCGGUAAUUUAUACAUGUGUUUGUGGAAGCAACAAACACGGUUGAAGGUGAGUUUCUCACAUUUUGAUUCAAGUGCUCAUAUAGUAAUGUGUUUAUAUACAUAAAAGGGCCGUGCUCUGUGAAAAGGCGUUCAAUGCAUGUGCGUAAACACAGGCUAAUCAGAGACGACACUUUCCGCCUAAACUUGAUUGUCGCUAAGAGGAGACUUUCUUGAAACAAAUAAUAUAGUUAAAUCGGAAUGUGUUAUCCCUAAUUAGCCUGUGCGGACUGUAUAGGCUAAUCCGGGACGACACUUUACGCACACGCAUUAAACCGCUAUUUAACAGAGCACGGUCCAAUUUUUUAAAACUAUGUUGACAUUUAAUUGUGUAUGAGUCUUUUUCUUAUUUAUUGCAGUCGCUUUUGUACAAAUAAUUCAUCGAUGCUUUGAUUCAACUAUUAUCAAUCGUUUUUUAAACAAACACAAUUUCUAUAUAAACUAAAAACUUUG